CAAUUUUUUUGUUGACAACGAAAAAAAGUAGCGCGAAAGAAAGUAAAACAGCGUUUCGUCAUAGCGAAAAAAUUCGCUUCGCGCGAAUAUUUCGUCUUGUGGAAAACGGCCUUAAGGAUUAUUAAAGCAAACAAAAACAAAGAUUAUGGAUUUAUCUAUGUGUGGCGAAAAUUUAAUUUCUGAAAUAAGCUCUGAUGAAGAAAGCGGAAAUAUAAAAGAAGGAAAAAAAAAUUAGUUUAUCAUUGUAAUUCGCAUGAAGAAGCAUUAAACUGUGUGAAAAAAUAUGAGUUAGCAACUACAACAAGAUUUCUUGUCUAUAGUGUAACUAAGGACUUUGGAAUAACAGAAAUGGUUGCAAAAAAUCAUAAUGUUCUAUGGGAAGAUUAUGCCAUUCAGUAUUCAGGCAUACCUCAUAUGGUUGUUGGUCACAAAAUUUUAGAUUGUCACCAUGGUUUUGAUAGGAAUAUUUCAGAGAAAAAUAGUUAUAAAAAAAAUUUCAAAAAAUGCCAAGAUGGAUGAUCACAGCUUUCAAAAAAAUUAUGUGAUUCUGCAAGAUACAAAAAAGUUUAUGUGUCCUUCAAAGAUUGUUAUGAGAGAAAUAUUACAAUUUCCUGAUUUCAAGAUACCUAAGCAUUCAGCUUGGCACAAAAAAAAAACAUCAAAACUAUUGAAAGAAAAAUUAAAAUUGUCAUGUUUAAAUGAAGUACCUUUUAUUUGGAAAGUUGUUGUAGCUAUUGAUGAUUUAUCAUGUCAUGAUAAACACCCUAUUGGAAAGGUAGAACUAAUUUCUCAAAUAAUCGAUCCUCAUAUUUCAAAAAAGAUUGAAGAAUAUGUUAUAGAAGGAAUAUACAAUAUAAGGGAAAUGAAGCACCUCCUUCGUUUGACAGUAAAAGAUACUUUUGAAAAUGAAAAUUUUCCUUCUUCAAAUAGCAGAAGAUUCUAUCCCAACACUGCAACCAUAAGAUCAGAUAUAGUAAAAAUUAAAAAAAAGUUACUGUAAAUCACAAAUGUUGAUUAUUUCUUAGAAUAAAUUAUACAUAUGAAAUGAUUUGUUUUACUAAUUUAGAUGUUUACUUGAUUCAUGUUUAAAGUAAUCUUUAAAACUUUCAUUUUAUUAAUGUUGUUGUUUCUAUUUAUAAAGGCAUUCCAUGAUUGAACAAGAAUGUCUUUUGAUAAAAUGUGAAGAAUGGAAAAAAUGUGAUCCGUCUGUCAAAGUGUUUCUUAGACCAAACUGUAGUGGCGAAGAUGGUGGUGAUAAAUGUUCAUUUUUAUUUGUUUAUCAGUCACAGUGGCAACAACACCUUCUCAUGCGCUAUGGAACUGAGAUACUGCUACUUGAUGCCACAUACAGGACUACCAGAUAUUCUCUUCCUCUCUUCUUUUUAACUGUAAAAACUAAUUUUGACUACCAAAUAGUAGCCAGUUUUGUUAUUGAAUAUGAAACAAAACAAGCCAUCACAGAAGCGCUUCACAUAAUAAAAGAUUGGAACCCAUCCUUUCAACCUUCCUUUUGCAUGACUGAUUAUUGUACUGAAGAAAUGGAUUUAUUAGAAGCUGUUUUUUCAGGUUGCCGUGUUCUUAUAUGUGAUUUCCAUAGAGAGCAGGCAUGGCAUCGCUGGAUUGUCAAAAAAACAAACAACUGCUCAGAAUUUAAAGACCCAAUAAUUUCAAUGCUACGAAAUAUUGCAUGGGCACAAAAUGAAAAGAUGGCAGAUGCAGCAAUAGUUAAGCUAAAAUGUUCCAACUUUUGGUUGGCAGCAAAUUUCAUAAAUUUAAGAAAUAUAUUACUAAUUAUUGGUUACAAAUUAAAGAAAAAUGGAUAUGGGGGUAUCGUCAGGAUCGAUUUUUAGUAAACCUUAAUACCAACAAUGGAAUUGAAAGGCAACAUGAAUCUUUUAAAUAUUCUUAUCUUCAAAGACAUAAAAAUUUAUCAAUUACUGGAAUGCUUACUCUUUUAAUAGAAGAGUUUUUUGCAGAUAAAUUUGAGAAGUAUAUUAAAAAGUUUUAUUGUAGCCUGAUUUGAAGGAGUUUAUAUUAAUUUUUUUUUUUU